AUGCCCGAGGGCAGGGUCCCCAAUAAAAAAACGGAGAGUUGGGAGGAGGGAGAGAGUGGAGGAGUGGGUGGAAAGAGAGAGAAAGGUGAAGGUCGAGAACCCCAGAAGUACACAAAGUGUCAGAAAAGGCCAGCUCGAGGCUCCGGGGAAGUUUUCUCCGAGUCCGAGUCGACCACUGUUAUCAGUUUAAUGUUGCACGCAACCCAGAAAGCAACAAUUGAGAUGGAAAUGGCAGAGAGAUAUCUAGAAUCUAAUGAUUAUAUUAGUGUACGGGAAUAA